AUGGUUGACAGUGCUAUUCGUCGACAUUCUGAACAAGAAGCAGAAGAUAGUUCUGAUGAAGAGUCUCCUAAUGAAAUCACUCAAAGGUUUUACAACUUAUUGGCAGAUGCAAACAAACCUGUAUUUGAUGGGUCAUCAGAGUCAAAAUUGUCAGUUUGCAUUAAACUCAUGGCUUGUAAAUCUAAUUGGAACGUUCCCAAUCAAGCAAUGGACUUCAUUUCAAAAUUGAUUUUAGAGCUAACACCAGUAAACAAUUCUUUGCCGAAGAAUUAUUAUGAAGCCAAACAAUGUGUUUCAAAGCUAGGAUUGGAAGCAAAAAAGAUUGAUUGUUGUCUCAAUGGAUGUAUGCUUUUCUAUGAUAACGACAAUGGCAAGAAUGAUGCAUCCUUGGUCCAAUGUAAAUUUUGUGGCCAGCCUCGAUUUCAGACAAUACAUCCUAAACGGAGGCAAAAAAAACCAAUUCCAUUCAAGUACAUGUUCUACUUGCCUAUCAUUCCUAGAUUACAAAGAAUGUUCGCUUCAAUGCAAACAGCUGAACACAUGACAUGGCAUGAUGGUAAAAAAAAUGAAGGAAUGUUGCGUCAUCCUUCUAACGGUGAAGCUUGGAAGCACUUCAAUCGUAAACAUCCAUCCUUUGCUAGUGAUGCGCGUAAUGUGCGACUUGGUCUAUGUUCAGAUGGGUUUACGCCAUACAUUCAGGCUUCUAAAUCACCAUAUUCAUGUUGCCCGGUAAUUGUGACCCCAUACAAUCUUCCUCCUGAGAUGUGUAUGACAAAGCCUUACAUGUUUUUAACGUGUAUAAUACCAGAUCCAUCUAAUCCCAAGGCAUCCAUUGAUGUUUAUUUGGAGCCUUUGAUUGAUGAUUUAAAGAAGUUAUGGAGUGGUGUUUGGACGUACGAUGUGUCAAAGAAGCAAAAUUUCCUUAUGAGAGCAGCUUUGAUGUGGACAAUUAGUGGCUUUCCUGCAUAUGACAUGUUAUCUGGUUGGAGCACGCAUGGUCGAUUAGCUUGUCCGCAUUGCAUGGAACACACGAAAUCAUUCUCAUUGAGUUAUGGUCGAAAAAAUAGUUGGUUUGACUGUCAUCGAAGGUUCUUGCGCAUGGAUCACAUGUUCAGGAAGAACAAAAAAGCUUUUCGCAAAGGUGAAGUUGAAACAGAUUUGCCACCGCCUAGACUUAAUCCUUCUCAAGUGUGGAGAAGAGUAAAACAUUUUCCAAAAGUCACUGAAAGUGGUAUUAAUAGGAUAGAAGGGUUUGGAGAGUGGCAUAACUGGACAAAAAGAAGCAUCUUUUGGGAUCUUUCGUAUUGGAAGGAUAACUUGCUCAGACAUAACCUGGAUGUCAUGCAUAUAGAAAAGAAUUUCUUUGACAACAUCUUUAACACGGUUAUGAAUGUUGGUGAAGCCAAAGGCGAAUUUCUCCGUAUCAAAAGACGAGGCUAG